AUGAUACCUCAGGCGACGUCGAGAUCCGCCGCCAGCCCAACACCACCAAUCCUUAACACCCCCAGCGGGCCAACAGUACACCUGCGGUCUGCACACACUCCCAUUGCGACACCGAGGGAGCAUGCGAGCCCAGGCAGCCCUCGACACCAGUCUGGCACGAUCGACGCCGACUCGCUGGUCCGAAGCCACGGCGGCGACCUGCGACGGACGCUUGACGCUGUUGUUGGCGAACGGAACGCAUUGCAAGCGCAAAACACGCAGCUCUGGAAGUUGAUCGAGAAGCAGCGCACACAAUGCGCGCAGUUCGCUGCAGACAACGAGCGACUCCGCGCAGAUCGCGAGCGCGCUAAUAGUCGCUUGAUGUCGGCUGGUCUUGAGCCAAUCCCAGUGGGUAAUCGGCGAGGAGGAGUGCCGCAGAGCCAGAGCGCCAUGACGAUCGCGUCUACGUCAGCCUCGGACCACAGAAGAGGUUCCGACAAUGAGACGCAUUCUGCCACGGUCACGCGAUCCGGCUCGACGUCAAUCACACUUGACCGCUCGGCAGCUGAACCUGCCGGAUUGGGACCGUCGCUUGUCAUCGUGGACGACAGCCCAUCUCCAUCCACCCUCCUUCCCUCACCCAUGUCCGACAAGAGAUUGAGACACGAAAGCCAGAUGCAGUUUCCACCCGAAGUCGCGUCGUUUAUGGCCUUGGCUGAGAAGGACCCAGCACUAGGGCCCUCGAUGCCUCCCGGCAGUAACAGCAGCAACAGCCUUGCGGGUUUUGUGGAGCAACAUUCGCCGUAUACGUCGAGCCCGAGUGACAGCCGACGGGCAUCGCCCAUACCGGAGGCGGCCGAGGAACUGGCCUCUAUACAUCGCGCGACGUCGCCCCGGAUGUCGCAAGACACCGUGACGUCCAGCCGGCCCUCGAUCUCACCCGGCCUGGGCAACGAGCCAAGGCCUUCCAUCGACUCCACCGCUGCCGCGCCACGCCCAGUCGUUAGCCCGCCUCCUCCCGAUCAUUCGUACCUCACCCCGGCCCUUCUUCCCCACGCUCGCCUCUCCAUUCCCCACUCGACAAUUAUCCCCAAAGACCGCAGCCGCGAUGUGCUGUGCUUCAUCAUCGCGGUCAACAUCCGCCCGCCCAACGCGCACGCGUUGAAUUGGACCGUCGCGAAGCCGUUCUCUGCCUUCUUGGACCUCGAUCAGCGCUCCAUGGAGCGCUCAGGCAAGAACCGCAAGGAAUGGAAGCGCCUUGUGUCUCCGUUACCAGAAGGCAAGGCAUGGAAGGAUUUUGCGCCGAACAAGAUUGACCAGCGCAAAAUAUCCCUGGAGCACUACCUUCAGUCGCUCCUCGUCGCACCCGUCAGCGACCAGACCGACCUAGUCAACUUCCUCGCUAGCGACAUUGUCCAGCAAAAGUCGAAUCGCAACCGCAAGGAGGGCUACCUCUCCAAGAAGGGACAGGCUGGGUUCCGCGGAGCGGCAUGGAAGACGCGCUACUUUGUGCUUGACGGCUCGAGCAUGAAGUACUAUGAGUCGCGUGGUGGCCAGAUGCUGGGUCAAAUAAACCUGGCUGGCGCCCAGAUUGGCAGGCAACAUCGCUUGUCAGAUCAAGCUGAGGACAAGAACUCGCGAUACGCCUUUUUGAUUCUCGAAGCGGCCAGGAAGGAGUCGUCGCAGAGCAGGCACGUUCUGUCCGCAGGCAGUGACGCAGAGCGUGACUCGUGGAUCGAGAUACUCAAGAAUCAGGUCUUGCCUCCGCCCCCCGCUCCCUCUGUCAUCACGACACCUCAACAGACACCCCCGCAGCAGGGGACUCCACAGCAGCCGCCAUCAAAGGCGGUGCCCGAGACUGUGGUUACUCAGGCCACACCGCCCGCUUCGAUCGCAUCGAACUCGGGCAGUGGAGCCAACCAACGCGAGAUGGGACACCAGCGGAGACGGUCAGCGGUGCGCAAGUCGAGCAAGGACGUAGUGGUUACGUCAGCUAAGCCUAUGUCGCAGAUGCCUGACGCCAACGCCAAGUUUAUCUCUGGCGCGCCACUACCCAGCGUUAUCAACCAUAUGGAGUCGCAGCGCCAACAGCACUAUGCCGGUGCGCCGCAGAUUACAGGCACGUCGCCGCAGAACAGCCAAGGCCACCCUCUGGCUCCCGUAAGCAGCAUAAACUCGACACUCACGGCCAACACGGACCUCCUUGCGCCGCUUGAAAUCACCGCGAAGCCCACCAAGCGCCAAAGUGCUUUGCCCGGCCGUCAGUCGUUCAGCCCCGCCUACCUCAAGCAGCUGGCAAACGACGGCGUAUCACCCGGUGGCCCGGGGCUCAACUAUGAGCGGGACCGCGACCGCAAGGCCAAGAGUGGUCGCUUCUGGGGCUUUGGCAAGGUGGUUGAGAAGCCGGCGCCUAAACCUGUCUUCGGUGUGCCGCUCACCGACUCGCUUGCGCUCGCACAGAUCGCAGGUCUGCCUGCCAUUGUCUUCAGGUGUAUCGAGUAUCUCGAGGCCAAGAACGCCGAACAGGAGGAGGGCAUCUACCGCUUAAGCGGCGCCUCGGCUGUCAUCAAGGGGUUGAAAGAGCGCUUCAACCACGAGGGCGACGUCAACUUCCUUGCGCAGGACGAGCGCUGGGACCCGCACGCGAUCGCUGGUCUACUCAAGACGUACAUGCGCGAGCUGCCCACGAGUCUGCUCACGCGCGAGUUACAUGGUCGUUUCCUGGCCGUGUUUGACCUGGUUGACCCUUCUGCACGUGUGGCCGAGCUCUCGCGGCUCGUUUCCGAGCUCCCGCCUGCGAACUACGCUCUUCUCCGCGCAUUCACUGCCCACCUGAUCCUCAUUGUGCGCAACUCGGCCAUCAACAAGAUGACGCUGCGCAACAUUGGCAUUGUCUUCUCGCCCAGCCUAGGCAUCCCGGCCGGCAUCUUCUACGAGCUCGUGUCUAGAUAUGGUGCCAUCUUUGACGACGACGGGAUGGACGAGCUUCCUCUCGACGACCCUGCGUUUGCUGGCACGGCUGUCGCGUCCGAGGCGCAAGUCAACCAAGGCUCGCCACCGACCACGCUGUCGCUGGACGAGACGGCCAAGAGCAAACGCAACUCUGUCUUGUAUCACGCGGGUGGGGCGGACGCGAUGCUGGGACUUGGCGGGCGUGCGCUCGACCCUGCUGCCGAAGACUCGAACUCGGACGUGAGCAUUAGUAUAGACGACCUCGAGUCUGAGCCGGCGCUAUCUACGCGGAGCAGUGACAACCUCUCGCCAGCGGCUGCGACGGGUUCUGGCGCUGGACGCCGGGACUUGUACAGUUCGCGCAAUGACGAGGUCGAGGCGCUUGCCCUCCAACACCAACCCUACCACAAUGGGCAUCCUUAG